AGAGGAAGGAUCAGAUAUGUGUCAAUUAUUGUUGAUCGAAUGCAAUUCCACGGUGGUUUUCUUCUAGAAAUAACUCAUUCCUCCAAUUUAUAGUCCGCUAAAAUAUUAACUACUGUCUUUCCUAUAUUAUUUAACGUUCUCAGUUCACCGCAGUUUCGUCUGCAAGUUCCGUGAAAAUGCCCGCAUACUGACGUGUGUGUUGGCAUAAGUGAAACCUUACCGUCGUCACUAUAAAUCCGUGAAAACAUGACAAGUGUCGAGUUUUUCCUCUCUCUCGUUUCCUAAAAACCUAGUUAAAUGAUUAAAAUGCGGCAUAUCAGUGUUACUUUGUUAAGUGUAUUCUUAACUUUCGUGGUGAUUGGCAAUGCCUACUACCAGAAACAGCAGUUCUACCCGUCGGUGGUGUAUAUCACCAAGUCCAACCCUAGUAUGGCGGUGAUAUACAUUCAAGCACUUGUGCUUGUUAUUCUACUCGGGAAACUGAUGAGAAAAAUUUUCUUCGGCCAGUUAAGAGCCACAGAAUUUGAGCAUCUGGUUGAAAGAUCAUGGUAUGCCAUUACGGAGACAUGUCUGGCAUUCACAGUUUUCAAAGAUGACUUCAGCCCCAAGUUUGUAGCUCUGUUUACCCUUGUGCUGUUUCUGAAGUCAUUCCAUUGGCUUGCAGAAGACCGAGUAGAUUUCAUGGAAAGGAGUCCAAAUAUAUCGUAUCUCUUCCAUUUCCGGGUUUUAUUGCUUCUCGUCGUAUUGGGACUCCUCGACUUGCACUUUGUAGCCGCUGCAUACCAAUCAACCGUUACAAAAGGUGCAUCAGUCCAGCUAGUAUUUGGGUUUGAGUAUGCCAUUCUCUUGACUGUAGUUUUCAACAUUGCUGUCAAGUAUGUUUUGCACACGGUGGACUUGAACCGAGAGAUAUUCUGGGAGAACAAAGCUGUCUUUUUACUCUACAUGGAACUUGUCAUGGGUUUCAUCAAAGUUGUACUGUAUGUAUUCUUUGUUGUUAUAAUGAUUCGAUUUUACACGUUACCUUUGUUCGCAUUCAGACCAAUGUAUUAUGCAAUGCGGAACUUUAAGAAAGCAUUAAUCGAUGUGAUUCUAUCACGUAGAGCUAUCAGAAAUAUGAAUACCUUGUACCCAGACGUAAAUCCAGAAGAACUGACUGAUGCCGAUAAUGUUUGUAUUAUUUGUCGGGAAGAGAUGCAAACAGCUUCCAAAAGAUUGCCGUGCAAUCACAUUUUCCACACGUCCUGUCUCCGCUCAUGGUUCCAACGGCACCAGACGUGCCCAACAUGUCGUCUCAACAUUCUGCGAACUCCUGCACCGCAACAAACGCAACCAAUGCAACCUCGAAUGAACCAGAAUCGCCCAGCUGAACCGCGUGCUCAACCGAUGGGUCCACAGGACAACGCAUUCAUUCCACCUCCGUUCGCAUUCCCCUGGAUUCCCCAGCAGCCCCCGAACAUCCAACCCAAUGCUGCUGAUGCUGCGGCCAACCAGCCUGGUGCUCAGCAGGAACCAGCCGCUGCGCCAACAGGAGAGCAACCUCCGCCUGCAGAUUUCUCAAACUUCCAAUUUUUCUGCCCUCCAUUCCCCUUCUUUGGUAUGCCCAUUCCUCCUCCGCCAACUCCGCCCAGCGAUUUGUCUAAUAUUUCUGAAGAAGAACUCAGGAAAAUGGAACAGGCGAGCAAAGAGGGUAUCGAAGCUCGACUGCGCUGUCUCCGAAACAUUCAGUUACUUCUAGAUGCAUCCGUCGCUAUGAUGCAGCAAUAUGUCUCUGCAGCAAACACUGCAGAGCUAGCUGCGAAUGCAUCACAGAGUGGGGCGGCCUCUACUUCUAGUUCCAAUGUGCGACAGCCUGGCGCUGAAGGAGCCAGCACAAGUAGCAAAGAAUCUAGUCCUCUCAGCGCAGAACCAAGCCCAUCCUCCCAGCCGCAAGCUGGACCAUCCUCUAGUUCGAGUAGUUUAUCGGAACAGGAAGAUAUACGAAAACGAAGGCUACAGAAGUUCGACCAGGCGGCCAAGUAAACCUGCUCCUCGCUAUUUAUUAUCUCUAGCCGAAUUGUUGUUGAUUCUGAUUGGUGAUCACUGAGCAGCGUUUCUCGUAAUGGACCUCCGUUCUGCGUCAGAAAUCACACUCAAUGACACACGUUUUCUCAUCAAAAUAUUACUUACGAUACAGUGAAUACAUUGAAAGUUUUCGAAUCUAAUUCCCAAUUGAGAAGUUGGUGUUUCUUGUGAUCGUUAAUUUAAAUUUGAUGCUUGCUGAAGAACCUAAGUUUUUCCAAAUCGAAGCGGGCAUUGUACUGAUCUCAGUGUCCUUUACAAUGAAAUCAUUUUCACGGUGUGCUGAACAAGUUCAGGAAUUCAAAGCAGCAGAGGAAGGGGACAUUUUUUGAAAGCCAAAUUUAGUUUCUAGCUGAAUGAUAAGUUUGUUCCCAAUAGCCAAUUUUACAGUAUCAAUUUGGAUUUUUUUCUAAUGCGGGCCCUCUGAAUUGGCCAUAAAAUUUUAAAUUCCAAAUUGGGCUGUGACAGCUAACAUUAUCCUUGUGAGUUAUGUUUGGAAAUUUUGGUAUGUUUGACAUACUUUGCUCAAAAUUUUGAUGAGAAAACCUGGUUUAUUUUUAGUACUUCAAUUCUGACUCUACCUACGCGGUCCAUUUCGGUGGAAAAUCUCUUAGUGCCUCUCACUGAGUCCCUAAAUGAUAGGUUUUUCGUGACCUCCAUGUUUCCUUUAUCGUUUUUUCAGCGAUCUCUAACUACUAUACUGCUGUGCUAAGGAAGAACGCCGUAUGAACGUUCGAGAGUUGCCAAAUUUCUUCCCUUAAAAUUUGUAUUUUCAUGGAGAGUUUUGAAUAUUUUCUCUAGUACUUUCAGAUAAUUUAGAUUUGAUUGCGACCAAAAUUGUCUUUAAAAUUGUAGAAAAAAUAUUCUUAGAUUCCAUUUCAUCAAAGGAAAUUUGGUAACGUCGAAAGGCUCCCACAGCGUUCAGGUCAGCAGUGUAGCUCAGGGCCGUCAGAUAUUUUAAAAAAUGUCAAAUUUUCCUCCAAGUUGUUCAGAAAGUUUACAGGAUUUUUUAUCGUUUGAUGGCCCUGCUCUUGUUAUUGCUACUUUUUCCUACUUGCGGAACUGUAAACUUUGCAUCCUACAUCAAGCGCAUGCUGGACCGCUUAAAAAUCAUGCGGUGGCACCUUGAAACAUGUUUCAUUUUCCCUCCUUUCUAUUGGUUCAUAAUGGGUGGAAUCUUGAGCAACUAUCAUAGAAAUUAACCCUCUUAAAGUUUUCUUCAAUAUUUUUAUCAUGUGAACCAUGGGUACUUAAUAGACGCUAUUAGUGGUGAUGUCAUCAUAGGGCUCUUUCAUUGUGUAAAAUUGGAUCCAAACGGUAACAAUGAUGUAACCUCUUUUAAUGCUACCACUGAGAAUGUGUCAAUGUAAAUGGUUUUCUUGUGAUGUAACAUUAAUAGGGUCUAUUUUAACUUACUUUUAAGAAUGAUUUAUUUCCUCCAUCUGUCAUCAAGUGCACUAUGUCCGAGCCUUCAAUUUUGUAAUUGUUGUACCUUCCAGAAAUUAAAUUUCUUAAUGCAAUCGUAAAGAAGGAAGAGGAUUUUUUUUGUCCAUUUUAACGGUGUUGAACACUGCCGUGGCGAAGGACAAAACCACAGAGGAAAAACGAGUCAAGUCAAUCAGAAUUGUGAUGCAUAAUGUCUCAUUUGUCUAACGCAGAAAAAUCCAAAUCUUUUCUUUUUAAAAUUAUGAAAAAGCCAUUUAAGCAAUUAUUAUUUUAUCGAUUGAGGGUUUCAAUUUGCAUCACAUAGUGGUUCAGUUUAACUUAUUGGUUAAUUUUAUUUUGGGGUUUCAGUCUAAUCUAAAUUCUGUCCGAUAAAAUUUUUUAGUCAAACCUCCAAAUCGUAGUGCCGAAGAGAAAUGUCGUGAAACCCCUCAAUAGUUGCUGAAUUUCUUCUAAUGAAUUAUGAAUUCUCAAGACGACUCCUGAAUAUUUCGUUCCAAACUCUCUGAGAAUUUAAGUCGCACCUAUUGAAAAUUUUAUUUCUCUUUGAUGGAUGAGAUAAGGGUCUCAUGGGAGUUCUACAUCCUUGAAGGCUUUCUUUCACAGCUCCUUUUACAAUAAACGUCUUGAGAAAAGCUAUGUCAGUAUGUAGCUCAAAGCUAAUCGUGCAAAAUUUCCACAGCUUCAGGACACAGAGACAGACUUGGUUUUUGGUAACAUCUGCAACAUGUUACAAAAAUAUUGAUUGGUAUAGUCCUUUCUUGUGACCACCAAGAGAGCAGUCGAGAAACGUGAGAUUAGAAUCCCCAUAAUAAUCUGGAAUCUUGCAGAGAGAAUGUUGUCAUUGCCGAACAAGAAAAUGUAACGACAGCAUUGUCUACUUGGUACAAAAAAAAUCCUAUUAGGUUGAUACUGUCUAAUAUUAUUUGGUCUCACUCAAACAAAAUAAUGAAGUGACGCAUGGUUGUAUUACUGUUAUGAUUUUUAAGUCAAACAAAGGUUGACUCUGGAGAAAUUUAGAGUUGUAUGAUCUUUUUUUUAAACUAUUCUUGUCUUUGCUAUUAUCUUAGGUAAUUCCCAAUAUAUCUAUCGAAAUUACAUCAUCCUAAGGCUCAUUCUUUUUUAUUUUGGAACCAAGAGAGCCUCAAAAUCAACAUAGGUUGUCUGCUUCGACAACUCAGGAAUA